AGCUCUUUACACGUCACGUAAAAGGUGAAUACUUGCGAUCACGGAAGACAUGUUCUUUCUCUGUCACAUAGCUUGUGUAUAUCUGCCUUGCUCUUACGUCAAAUGCGUUUAAGGCUAACUUCACAUGAUCAUAGAGUAACAAUAUGUUACAGAUGCGACAUUUUACGUUGGAUGAAAAUAAUUAUGCCGGAACCUUUACACAUGGAUCAUUGGGAUUUAGUUUGGUAUCAAAAACCGGACUUUCCAAAAGUUAAAUUCGGCAGAAUACAUAUACCUAGACAUGUUACAUAUAUACCACAUUAUAUACCUAAAGGCGAACAGACGAACGAACGAUUGGUAACAAGAAAAUUCCGUCUCUUAACCGGUCUAUCAGAGUCUCAGCACAAGAUUUGGGUAGAAGAUACGACAUUAAAAGAGAAAAAAAGACUACCAAAAAAGAAGACUAAAAAAGUCCAGAAAAAGACCUUCCAAGUGUCCGAUAGUUUGAUGCCUAAGAAGAUUAACCUAGUCGGUCUAACUGGGAGAAAUCUGAUAUUGGCUAGAAGAAAGUUACCCAAGACUAAGUUUAUGCCUUGAAAUAAAAUGUUUGAA